CUUUAGCACGAUGCGGAAGCUGCAUGUUGCAGUACGAUAAGUCCGGCCGGCCCAGGCCGGCGCGGCCGGGCGAUGAGUUUCUCCGGCGUCCUCGCGGUGUAUGUUCUGAAAAAGUGCUGCAGCGGCUACUACCGCUGCCAUGCGGACGUCGACACCAAGGCGAGCUCGAGCACAGAACCAUGCCAAUGAGCAGGGAGAGCAAGCGGACAACAGCGUCGGCCGACGGGAGCGCCAGGAGGGACCGAGAUCAAGUUGGAAAUAUGCGUAAGCAACUCUGCUUUCGGGGCGGAAAACGUCGAAGAAGCGUCGAUCAUGUGGUCCGGCAGAAGCACGAACAUUUUGGUCCCAAAGCUGUGGCGGUGCAGGUACUUCUACCGGAGAGGACCAAAGGGCUGCUUGCGUUGCCGCGUCGGAUAAGAGCCACCUUCUCUGCGCGGUCCGUGAUGUUGCUCCGCAGACGCAGCAACUUGCACGACUUCUUCUACUUGAUGUCCUCUUUUAUACCUGGUUCUCUGCGAGAAAGCUUCUUGCUGCGGAGGUGCUUCUUUGGAAUCGUGACGACCGUGUUAGUGCUGAUGUGGAACUUGUUCAUCUACCAGUCCUUUUCGUUUUUCCCCGCUUUGCAGUUCCCCCAGGCCGUGCUCGGUGUCUCCCUGCAAAAUAAAAUCCCUCCCUUCACCGCCCCAGACCCGGAGUUGCACAUUCCCCUCUCCGCACAACCGAAUUCCCUGGACGACACGCAUCAGGGGAGCGUAUCCGCGUUUUUUGGGCAACCGUUCCACGUGGCGGAUGCAAUGCACGAAAAUUUCACGGACGUAUGGAUUUUUUACGAACAAGGCAGUUAUGUAGUAAAAAAAAAACGUUUUUUUUUGUUUCCUGCCUCCUCGUCCUCAUGAUUGAAGAAUUUAGUUUGCCACACUGCGCUGCAACGCGGGAGUUGUUCUUCAGCAUGUUGCUUGAUUUUUGAAAAACAAAAAAUCUCCAGGGCUGCCCCGAAAUCCGGUCCUUUCUGCCGGAGAACUCGCAAGUCUUCAUUGGUACAGCAGACCUGGGCUUGUUGUGCAGUACAAGUUUGAGCAAGGCGACGAAUCUAGCACCAGAAGACGGAGCAACAGCACUGAAAAUGCCGACCCAGCUUGUGCAGUCCUACUUUCUGCAGAAGGGGAUUCUCGCCGCCAGUUCGGAGGCGGAGCGGAGUCACUUGCUGGAGUUCUACACCCGGUAUGUACCAAUCGAGUACUUGGAAGCACACGCAUUACUACCAAAAGCAUCUGCUCCGAGAAAUAAAACCGCAAGUAUGCCGCCCGAGGAAAAAGAGCAAGCAGCCGGGAGUGAAGAUGGCGCCAGCGGUAGCGACUUGAAUUCUAGUGGACCGAAAGCAGCUGCCGCUGCGUUUCUACAGCUCCAGAAUAACCUCCAAAUGCUGAACCGCAAUCGGCAGAAAACGUACGUGCAGCGGGUAAGGAGUAAAAAAGAGGAGAAAAAGCUGCACAAAGGGAAAAUCCCAGCGCCACCACCCUCUGGAGGACCAGAACUUCUCCGCAUGGUAAUCGCGUUUUUGACCAACUCCACUACACAAACGACCGACCCAGUCACAGGGGAGGUCUCUCCGCCUAUCCUUCCGAAGAAUUUUGCCGUCUAUGAUCACGCUGUGAAAACGCUUGCGGGAAACUACACCAGCGUUUCCUUUUUGCCAGACAACUUGCAAUUUCCAAACCCGAAAUCCUUUGCGGACUUCAUUAAGACGGUCGCAGAAGACGGGGAUUUUGAACGCUUAUUGCUCAACAAGGACAUGCAGGCACUCUUAGCGGCUUUGAACGGAGCCGCCGCUGACGAAGCAAUGCAGAACAUGCUGCAAGUGGACUGUCUCGAUGAUCAGGUCGGGCCUGGAACAGCGGCUGCGGGUAACAACAUUGGUUUGCUCGCUGCACUCCAGCAAAGACCCAAAAGUGAUAGGAACAAUGAGCAAGCUCUUUCAGCCCCACGGCCAGCUUCACUCGGUCAGAUCGCGAGUGAAAAGAACAACCAAAAGCGGCAAGCCGAUAUGAAGAGAAUACAGGGGCGCCGGGAGAAGGUGAACUCUGCUCAGACGAGUACAGGCCGCGACAGGAGCGUAGCCGAAGACCAUGCAGAACACGAAGAUGAAGUGCGGAAUGAAAAUAAUAAUAAAGCGAUGGAAACAAGAACGACAACAAGUGCUGAGCAUCAUCCCAACUUCGACGGAAUGAGUAAGGAAGAUUUAGACGAAGCGGUGAAAAGACAGUCCGGUUUAAAUGUCCCCAGGCAGCGGAAGACGGUGGAACAGCACCUAUCAGCCUUCGCCAAAGACUACCUCCGCCCCCCGUAUUUCCUGAAAAUUCAUUAACCAUCCCCAUCCACUUUUUGCAUGACAAACACAGAACUUGCUACAUGUUUUGCAUGACAAACUGGAUGGGGGUGGUUACUUUUCAGGGGAUACCCCGAGCCCCUUUCUCACCAGCGUGUUUGACUUGUUCGUGAACCACUACCCGUAUUCGAAAACGUCAAAGUAUCCUGUGCGAAUGUAUCGUACUCGUAUUGCAGUCGAGCAUUACAAAUCUGUUUGUUAAAGCAAAUCAGCAUUACAAAUUUCAUUUCUCAUGCUGAGGAAAUUUGUAAUGCAUUUAUACGAGUGCGAUACUUUUGCAAUGAAUACAAAGUCGGAAGAUGCAAAAGCCACAACAGACGCGGACCAAGCAACAACCGACACUAAAACGCCAGCACCACCCCCGGGCGUUAAGCGCGACAAGAGUUGCGUGCGGAUCCGGGUGCUUCAUCCCGAGUCCGGCGUUUUCGCGUGGAUUGACCGGUCGAGUAAACCCAGGUCGCACUACGGCUUGUAUGUUCCGCCAGUGGGGAGCUUUGAACCAGGGGACGCGUUAUCAGAGGAAAAAGUGUUAACCUUAAUGGAAUUUGUAAUACAGCAGCGCAUCACUAAACGCGCCAAUGAAAUUUGUCAUGCAUAGCAUGCAUAUUGGGCCACAUUUGUGAUGCAUGACUGCAAUCUGUGAAAACCGUUGACGUGAACACUUUUUCUUGUGAUACGCGGCAGCCGGAUUUGAAGGAGAUGCAGCGGCGAUUGCAGCGCUGUUUGGAUUCGGGGAUGGUGAUGCUGGUGAACAAUCGACGCAAGCUGUAGCAGCAGGCGCAGGUUCCGAUGCGAAAAUUUCUACCGCGCCCACCCCGGACGGUCCCGAAACAAGCGAGCAGCUCGGCUUCCAAGUAGUGAAAACCGGUCUCACGGAACAGAGCCGAAGAACUGCAACUGAAAAAUCCGAACAACAAACCCUAGCAUCAAAAACCAACAGAAUCAAACAGCAGCGCAACAUCCGCGUGUCGCUGAUCGAGAAAGCCGGGAAUUUUGUCGAAACAAUUUACGAAAGGGAAUUAGCUUCGAAAACGGAAUUCCUUCCGACCAUCCUCGGCCAAGCGAAUUACUACCAGAUUUUUCCGAAAAAAACUUCCCCCGUCCCGGCGUUAAUUAAACGCUACUGGAUAUGGAUUGCAAGGGUAUCGUACACGUACUAGUAGAAAUUGCAAUACAAAUUGGCUUCUCAUUGGUCAUUACAAAUUGAAUUUGUAUAUGCAAUUUGCCUUGACAACUAGAAUUGUAAUGCAUGAUUGCGAUUGCUACGAGUGCUUUUGCGAUGCAUACUCGACCCCAGUCGACGACCAAACCACCGGCAUUCCGUACCUCGAGCCAAAGAAGGGCAAGCCGCUAGGGAAGGAAACGGCGGAGGGGGAUUUGCAACUGCCGAAAAAGUAUGGAUUGCAAGACUAUCGCACUCGUAAAAAUUGCAUGACAAAUUUUUGCAGAAGGAAAAAUGCCAUUUGUAAUGCUGGUUCAGGUAACAGACCCGAUUUGUCAUGCUGUAAUGCAAUUGGUACGAGAGCGAUGCUUUUGCGGAGCAUAAGAAGGAGUUGAAGCUGAAACAAACCAGCUUCGUUGGGGACAUGAAACCGGGGAAUCUGCUGGAGGAGGAGGGGGAGGAGCCAAAAAUCACGAACAUCACGCAGUUGCAGAGCGAUUUGAUAGUUGCGAAGGAACGGGCGAAGCUGGCCCAAUUUUCAUCGUCCGCUGCAGCAGCGAUUCCAACUAAAAAUCCGUUAGAGCAGCCGGGGGACGAAUUUUUGAAAACCAUCUGUUCCCGCACUGGUUUCCGGCACGAGCAGUCUUUGAAAAUCAGCUUGACGAGCGGGAAGAAGUUUGUAACGAGAAUACGACUGGUGAAUGACCCGAUGCUCCCGAAAGGUUUAGAUACGGCGAGAAUUUUCUUCGACAAGGAACUCUACGAGCAGAAACCAGAUAGAAUCAAAACUUUACUCGAAGGAGAUGGGAAUGGAACGGACAUUUCUAUUAUGCGGGAAAUCGGAGAAAUCGAAAUCAAGAAACAAGGGAAUACCGACGAGGGCUCCGCCGAGUUGAAGUCCGCACCGCUGGCAAUUUGUGGCUUGAAAGUCUUCAUCGCGCAACUACCAACGAAAAGAAGCUUGGAGCCGGGGGAGAUUUUUGUCGCGCAGGACGUGAAAGUAUGAACUGCAAAAAUGUCUGGGUCUGGAAGAAUGCAACUUGUGAUGCUGUAUUUGGAUUCUAAAAAAAUCUGUAUUGCAUGAGUAGCAACCAGAAUGCAAUUUUUGCUACGCUGAGAAGGCAUUUGUCAUGCGGAAUAGACAUCAAGAAGCCCUCAAAAAUUCUGUAUUGCUAGGGUAUGCAUCACAGACAUCAUGGCUCAUGCAAAACGUGCAUGAAAGGUGUCAAAGUCUUCCAGACCCAGACAUUUUUGCAGUUGAUAAAAAGUCGUGACCGCGGUCGUGGAUGAGGCAGGGAACGAUGUCCCGAAAGCCGAGCCGAAACUGUUCGGGAAAAUGUUCCGGAAAGCGAGUUCAAGAGGAGAAAGAGAUGGCUCUCUUGGGAGUAGACCACCCGGGGAAAUGGCGGCAGCAGCAGGCCCCGGUGGUCGAGCAGAGGAGGAAGAACCAGUCACACUGCUGGAAGAAGGCAGAGCUGCUACAAGCUCAUCAUCCACCACUUCUAGAAUAGCCCCAACAACGUCGACCACCCUCUCCUCGUCCGUCAAUACCGCACCAAUUCUUCCGCAAAUCACGAAUGCAAUGAAAAUGAUCAACCGCCGGAAGCAGAUCUACAUGUUGACCGAAAACGGCUGGGUCGGCGUGUACGAAAAUUUCUCCGGACCGCCGCAAAUCAGGAAGUUAACGGAGAAGCAAACCGAGAAGUAUUUAACCGACGGGAACAUCAAGGGGGUGGAGGAGGAGCCGGUAGGAUCGAUCCCCAUGAAAUCCACCGAUGAAAAACAAAAAGAAACCGAUGACGUGGAGAAACAAGAGAAGCAAUGGCCCGGGUUCCAUUUUCAGUACCAAAACGCCACCCACGCGAAGAUGGAGAAAAUCGGCGGCAGCGGGCAAACGGAGGCGCAGAUUGCCUGCCAAAACGUGAACUGUGACAAACCAGGAUACAUCUGCGUCCAGGGGCGUUGUGUGUGGCAAAACCCGGUGGUGAACACGAUGCACAGCACGUGUCGUGCGGACGUUUGUUCCGUGUUUUUCCGGCAGUUAUCCGGAGACGAGAGAACGCACUUCGACCUCGGCUGCAGAAGAAGAAAAAUCGCGGGGCUGACGUACACCAGUGCGAAGCGGUUUGCGUGCGAGGGGAAUGUAGAUAUGCCCAGCGGCUGUACAGAAGUUGUUUUUUUGAGCAGCUUCAACAUGAUGUCGCUUCUAAACUCUGUGUUGCGUUUUAAGGAAUGUGUCAUGCGUAGAACUGUGCGCUUUCUGGAUUACAGUUGUCAUGCCUUUGUAUCUACUAUAAUUGCAAUGCAAAUACUGACAAUCUCAUUCUCAGGUCUCUACUACGACAAUGACGCCCCAGAGUGGUACCGCCAAAUGCAGGGCGGCUUGUCCCAAGCACCGGAGUGGGGCAAGAACCUACCGGAGUUUGCGGGCUAUCACCCGACGAAGGUGGAAGAUUGUCAGCCGCCGAUACACGAAGACGAGUUUCAGCAUUGAUGAAAGCGUCAAGUUUUGCGUUUGUUGGCCAGUUUACACGGAUAGAACCAAUUCGAAGAAGCUGAAGCAAGAAAGUAGACAAGGAGAACGAAAUAGAUGAAGAACCCAUUGCCAUUUAGAAGUCCAAAUCUUUUUACCUGUGGCGCAAAAUCUUUGCCAAAAAGCAGCAGUGAUUUGCUGCUCGUCCUAGCGCGGCGGCUGUAAGCAACUUUUUUUGAAAUCAAAUUUUCAUUCGGGAAUACAGAUUUUUUGGAAGAAUGCUGCAAUUAGGAAAUUAUGGACCUGAGAAGAAAGCACAAAUCAAUGUCUUGUACCUAUGUAGGAUGUGAUUAAACUACAAGAAUGCAAAAUCACCACUUGUUGAUUGCUUCAACUUCAAGCAAGGCCGUGUACAAUAAUCACGACAGUUGAAAAAUGAACUGGAAAGAAGUGAAU